CCCAGCUACCAACGGUAAAGUGCCUAGGAUAGAACAAGGGUUACAGGAACCGGUCUGUCAGUGUGUUCUGCUUUUUUCGUGGGAUGCUGGGAACUCUGACAGGUUGAGGUUCCUCGCAGAGAACCGCGUGAACGUCCUGCUGAAGUUGGCUGUGAAACUUUCCCGUCAAUUCCUCGCAUGAAGAACCCUCAGGGGGUCGUGAGGACGACUCCCCUCCCCUCCCUUCCCCUCCUCUGUCUCCCCUCCUCUCCUCCAGUCGCCUCAGCGGACCAAUCCCGGCGCGGCUUCUCUUCUGGCCAAUCAGAGCGCUGCGCGGUGAUGUCAUGCCGCAGAUGCUGAAGCUGCUGAAGCUGCCGAGCUGCAGAUCUUCAGAGGAGAGCGGCGGCAGCGGCGCGUCAGCAGGGAACAGACUCUACCUCAGCAGCGUCUUCAGCCGUGGUCUCCAUCAUCAUCAUCUUCAUCAUGACCCUCACAGCGUACAAGCAGAAGAUGCGAGAGCUCCCCCUGGUGUCCAUCUUCUGCUCCUGCCUCCUUCCUGAGCUCGGAGGUCCAAAGGCGGAGGAGAAGGAAGAUGUGGGGGUGGUGGACCUGAACCUCUGCAACAUCCGAGACAUGGAGGUCAUCGAGCUCAGCAAGAGGGCCAGCGGCCAGGCCUUCGAGGUCAUCCUGAAGCCGCCCACCUUCGACGGCGGCCCCGAGCUGCGGGCCACCACGCCGCCUCGCCCAAAGCCGUCGCUGGAGGAGAUCCAGAAGAAACUGGACGCUGCUCAGGAGAGGAGGAAGUGUCAGGAGGCGGAGCUUCUGAAACACCUGGCAGAGAGGAGGGAGCACGAGCGGGAAGUCGCUCAGAAAGCUUUGACCAAAGAGCGCCAGGAGCACCGCGCCGAUGCCAACAAGCAGCAGAAACAGAUGCACCUGAACGCCUCACAGGACGAGGAGGACAAGCACACGAGGGAGGUGUCCUGAUGGCCUGAUCACAACACAAGCUGAACUUUAUUCUGGGAAAUCCUUUGAGGGCUGUUUGACGUGGCGGGAAGCUGCUCGCUGGAGCCGGUGGACCGACUGGAGGUGACUCUGAAAGAGGAGGAAGAGGAGGAGGAGGAGGAGGACCCAGGUCGGGUCCCACCCAUCGCCUUCCAAGACUCAACCAGGACUCUUUUGGAGGAGGGAAACUCCUUCAUGAAGCUGCAGCUGCAGCAUCACCAGAUGGUUUGCAGGCAUUUCCCUGUGCUUUGGUGCCGACAGUGCCUGUGUGCCCACCUGUGUGCUCACCUGUCUGCCCACCUGUGUGCGGCUGUGUUAGCAUGAAGCGGACUGACCCAACGUGAGCAGAGGUCUGCAACGCAUCCCCCAGACGGACAGACGGAGUGGAUUUACAGUCCAGUGUCUCCACCUGCUGGACAGUGCAAGUCCGUUUUCAUCCCUGUUGCUCCUGGGUGACAUCUAGUGGUUGCCGUGGGAACAGCAGCUUCAGCGGUCGGCCCUCGGUCCGGUAAUCGGUACUGUGUCAGACGGUUUAAAGCAAUUUCACAGCCGAGAGAAGCAGUUUGUUCUGAAAGUGACGGAAAACACUGCCAGAACAUUUUGACGCCGUAAAGAUUCGGCCAUCUAAUGAUCAGAAAGCAGCUCCGCCCUCGUGUUUACAGUUACCAUGGCAACAAUAUUGGCACAACAGCGAUGAAAAUAUGUGGGGAAAUUUACAUCAAAAGAGUAAAAAAGAGAUUUUUUUUGGGCAUGGACCCUGAGUGUCGUGGCCGCCGCCGCUGCAGAUCAGUACUUUUGACUUUAACAGGACGCUCACAGGUCUGAACUCCUGCCUUACCGGAGCUACAGACCAUAACCACGAGACGGAUCAUAUAACCCUUGUGCUAUCCUAGGCACUUUGGGAGUUGGGUCAUCUAGACCCACUAGACAGAACUCUGAACCUUUUUUCUUCAAUGAUUUGUGAUCUUCACUGGUGUCCAUGGAUUACAUGAAAUCUUUCCACCUUUAUCCACCUUUGUCAUGGUAGGGAGAACACCUCAAUGGAAGGGGGGGGUCAUCUGGACCCCAUAGGAUAGCACAAGGGUUAAAGGCUUUGCACUGAGUCAAGAUUUUACUGCGUCCCGUUGACAGGAUCCAGACAAACGCUCCAGAACGGUCCGGUCUGAUACCGUGUUCUGGAGUUUAACACCAACAAACUCAACAGGAAUUUACCGGAACGGCGACUCCGGAGCAGAUUUAGGAAAAUCAGAGCGGAGGAGUUUCAGCUCCAAAACCAAACACACAACGCGGCUCCAGCCUGGCUGUGCGGCAGCGUCCCUGAAGGCAGAGUUUGAGCCCUGAGCUGCUGUUCCUUCAACAGCGCCGGACGGCUCUUUCAAGCGUUUUCUGGCUGAUCGGUGGCGGCCCUACAGCUGAGAGGGACGUGUCAUGGCGGCGAUGGAGCGACUGAGCGAAUGAAGGAGUGUUUCUGUGUUUACAGCUGCUCUGCUGUCAGGACGACAACAAUGUACAGAAAUCUAUUUUAAAACCAAAUAAAAACACCAACAAACGC